CUCUUCCUCUUCCUCUUCCUCUUCUUCCCUCCAUCCUUCUCCUCCUCUUCUCGUCAUCACAUCUCCACAAUGUCCUACUCCUCAAUCCCCAAGCAGACCAACGACCUCAUCAACGGCGGCUUCUACCACUCCGCCCCCGUCGCCCUCUCCGUCAAGAGCAAGGUCCCCAACGGCGUCGUCCUCUCCGCCAACGGCAAGUCCUCGCCCUCCGGCGCCAUCUCCGGCGGCUUCGAGGCCUCCUUCCCCGACAAGGUCUCCGGCGUCACCCUCACCCAGGGCUGGACCGCCGACAACAAGCUCACCACCAAGUUCGCGCUCCCCUCCUUCGCCCCCGGCCUCAAGACCGAGCUCGCGACCACCUUCGUCCCCUCCGCCGGCUCCCGUGGCGCAAACGUCACCUUCAACUACUCCCACGGCCCCUUCACCUCCAAGAUCUUCGCCGACCUCCUCAAGGGCCCCACCUUCAAGUCCGACUUUGCCUUCGCCAAGUCCGGCGCGACCAUCGGCGGUGAGGUCGAGUACGACAUCCCCGCCGGCGCCGUCAAGGGCUACGCCGCUGCUGUCGGCUACGCCGGCCCCGGCUACUCCGUCUUCGCCUCGGCCACCUCCAAGCUCUCCGUCUUCUCCGCCGGUUACUACACCAAGGCCUCCGACGACGUCCAGGUCGCCACCAAGGCCACCUGGAACUCCAAGGAGCCCGCCCAGGCCGUCGACUUUGAGAUUGCCUCGCAGUACAAGAUCGGACCGACUUCCUUCUCCAAGGCCAAGAUCUCAAACAAGGGAAUCCUCACCCUCGCUUACACCAACACCCUCCAGGAUGGCGUCAAGCUCGGAUUCGGUGUCUCCGUCGACACCCAGAAGCUCAACAAUCCCGUCCACAAGGCCGGUCUUUCGUUCUCUUUCGAGUCCGCUGCUCCUGUCGCUAAGUUUUAAGCCUCUUCUGCUUGAGUUGCUUUGAUAUUCUUGAAAUGCUUAGAUGGAUCAUGAAUCAAUAUUCUUUUGGUUUGUAUGCUUAGAAAAUGCCUAGAUAAGAUAAUACACUAUAUAUAUAU